GUGACGUCGGGCGGCACGCAGGUGCCGCUGGAGGCGCGCGCCGUGCGCUUCCUGGAGAACUUCAGCAGCGGGCGGCGCGGCGCCGCCUCGGCCGAGCGGCUGGUGGGCGCCGGGUACGGCGUCUGCUUCCUGCACCGCGCCCGCUCCGCCUUCCCCUGGGCCCGCGCCCUGCCGCCGCCCGGGCCCGCCCUGCUGGACGCGCUCCGCCUCACCCCCGGGCCGCCGCCCGGCGUGGCCGCCGAGCCGUCCGCCCUGCCCGGCCUGCUGCCCGCCCUCCGCGAGUACCGGCGCGCCGCCGAGAGCGGGGCGCUGCUGGCCAUCGAGUUCACCGGGCUGGCCGAGUACCUGGCGCUGCUGCGAGCCGCCGCCCGCGCCCUGGCGCCCUUCGGCUCCAGCGUCAUGUUUUACCUGGCAGCUGCCGUGUCCGACUUCUACAUCCCCGCCUCGGAGAUGCCCGAGCACAAGAUCCAGUCCUCGGAGGGGCCGCUGCAGAUCACAAUGAAGAUGGUGCCAAAAAUGCUGUCGCCUCUUGUCAAAGAAUGGGCUCCGGAGGCUUUUGUUAUUUCCUUUAAAUUGGAGACAGAUCCCUUGAUUUUAAUUGAUAAAUCACUGAAGGCUCUGGAGAAAUAUCGUCACCAGGUGGUUGUAGCAAAUAUCCUGGAGUCACGGAGAACCUCUGUUAUUAUUGUAACCAAAGAUUCACAGACUCCAUUGUCUCUUUCUGAUGAAGAAAUAGCGCAAGGCAUGGAAAUAGAGGAAAAGAUAGUGAGCUAUCUUCAGGGCCAACAUACCUCGUUUAUAGAGAAGAAAAUCUGAGGUUCAGCUCUGAAUGAAUUAAAUUAAAUUAUACUAGAGAGGGAGUGGAACUGGAGCAGUUCUCUAUUCCAGGUAAACAGAAUCACGCUAUGGAAAAGGCUGCCGUCCAAAACUGUCUACUUUUCUACAGCUUGGUGAUGGUUAUUGUUGAUUGCUCUGAAAAAGUAAAAUACACAGAAGUGAAGACAUUCCAAAGGAUGAUGCAUUAAAUUGUUUUAGUUUGUAGAAAAGGAACGGGCACAUUGCUGUAUUUCUGCCCCAUGGGCUGGGGGAACUGGGAGGUGGAGAAAUGGUAUCCAUAUGUCUAUAAACGAUUUUUCUGAAUCUGCCUCUUCAAAGUUUCUUUUUGAAAUGCUGGAUGGAAGGAACGGAGCUCUGCAGAAAAUAUGUUCUGGUACACACUGGAGUGGAACUGUAGUGCUGGCAAUUGGCUGGUGUUGAAAGUGGAUGGUGAAAGCGGUGUGGCAAAAAGGAAGGAGACCAUCGUGGUAACAACGGGCAAUGCUGGAGAGCAUCUGUUGCUGUGAGAUGGAUCCUGUGGACCCACGCUUCAAGAACUCUGCCUACAAACACUUUUCAGGGCAGAAAUGGUAGCAGUUGCUGCAGUUGUGGUUUUUGUCUUUGAGCUGAGUUCUCCUGAGUAUCUGUUGCGAAUUGGCACCUGUUGUAGGAAGUGCUGUUGUUCAAGCUGAGCUGAGAGGAACUGGAGAGUGGCUCUUAAAAGCAAACUCUUAAAAGCAAAAGAGCAGCCAAAUAGGUACCGAAAUGGUGUCCUUAAAGCAGCUUUGCUCAGUGGUGUUCUUUCCAGCGUGGGUGUUACCAGAUUGCUGGGGGGCAUAAAGGGAAAGGGAUGUGUGGCACAGAGCAUAAGUGGUGGUGUCAAGUUUGGGAACAGGUGGUUAGAGUGAUCAGCCUUGGGAGGAAAGUACUUGUUAGCUGUUGGGAUAGAGUUAAAGUGGGAGCCAGUUAGAGCUGUGGGAUUCCUGAUUUUCCCUAAAUACUGCUUCCAUAUGAUUGCUUAUUGUAAGCGUGAGGAAUGUAUGCUUAUAAGCUGGUUAAAUGUGCCAUUAAUUACAGAGCUAAAGAAAAAAAAGAAACAAUAAAUUUAAUUGCAUAUCUA